AUGGCUCCCCGAAUACAGAACCAGGUCGUUUCCAACACCCUCCUCCCCUACCUUUCCUCCUCUUCCACCUCCACAUGUCUUCCCAGACUCUCUACAUCCUCCUCACAAGCCCUCGCAUAUAGCCCCCGGUCCUCAUGCCGGUCCUUUUCAUCAUCAGUAGCCCCUCAAACCAGACAGCGCAGAGAGAUGUUCCAGUGGCUCAGCGGUCCCGGAGCUCGAUUCAAGAAUCAUGUCCCUGGAGAGACGAACUAUCUUACAGCGCGCAAGACUCCUGAUGGGAAGCUGCUACGAACAAGCAGGCCGUUCAUCGAUAAUCAACAAUACCGGAGCGAACCUAUUCUGAGCGUGGACUUGCAGAAUGAGAUUUACGACCGCGUGGUGAAGCACAAGAAGAGUGUGCGGGCUGUCAGUGUUGAACUUGACGUCGACAUGAGGAGAGUGGCUGCUGUUGUUCGCCUGAUGGAGCUGCAGAAGAAGAUGACAGAUGAGGGUAAAUCUCUAGCUCUACCCUAUGGCCGGGCCAUCCACGAAAUGCUUGAAAAGACGGAGUAUGAACACGGGGUGGGCGCCUCGCGUUCUCAUGAGAACAUCAACGACCUUCCCUCCCACCGUCUCACUCACCCUCAAAUCUUCUACCCCGUCUCCGAGUCCCGCCAAUUCAACCGCGUUGAUGCCGGUCGUGUCUUCUCUGGUGCCCCCGCCCUAGAACACGAAGAGGUGGCCCGUAACGCCGUCGAUCCCUACGCGGCCGUAACUCGUGUUACGCACAAGCCUAGCGCCAUUGAAAUGGUCGGCAAAGGUGACGAGGAGCACCAGGUCCUCCAGCCCGCGGACACGCGUAUCCCGCACCCGCACUUGGUCGCCAAAGAGCGCGACUCACUCAACCACCCGGAGGAAACCUACGCGAACCGCAAGGUCUACAACGAGCGUCUGCGCGCCGAAGAAAAGGCCCAGGAAGAUCGCAGGCUCAAGGCCGAGGAGCGCCGCGCGAAGCGCAUGCUCCGCGUCCAGCCCGAGGACUCGCGCUUCGAGUUCCGCAUCCAGGACGUCGUCGUCAGCAGAGAAACCACCGGUAAGAACGGUCGCGGUGCCGCCGCCCCCGGUCGCCGCUACGGUGUUCCCGCCAACGACCGCAAGAAGGGCGAGGUCAAGAUCCCCACCCGCGUGGUCGUCUAA